GUGGCCGGAGGCCUACGGCAGAGCGCCGGAAGUACUGCUCUUGGAAGGGUCCGACUCAGGCCGAACCGUGUCGGGCUUUUAGGAGUCGGGCAGGAACCGGAGACGCUGAAGACCUGAGUACUAGCAAACUCCGCCGUCUAGCGCACCGGCAGGUUCAUUUUCUGUGCUUUCAUCGGCUCAGCCGCGAAGUGAGUCGUGGACCAGCCACUCCCUGCGUCCAGCCUCGAGAGCGAACGGGAUCGUCCCAGCGGCGCCGUUGGGAGAAGAGGGCCAGCAGGAAAUAGUCAAACUAAGAUUUCAAUCCACGCAAUUAGAUUUUACAGCCACGUUCUUAACCAGGACACAGCCACUCCUCAGUAAAAGGUCCCAGCCCAUCUUCAAAACAGUCCUGGGUUCUGAUCCUGCCAUCCGAGGAACUCAGGAGAGGGGGACCGCCGCUGCCUCUCACCGCCCUGGAGCAGGACCGGCAUGUCUCAGGCCACCAAGAGGAAGCAUGUGGUGCAGGAGGUGCUGGGGGAGCAUAUGGUGCCCUCUGACCACCAGCAGAUCGUGAAGGUACUCAGGACCCCAGGGAACAACCUGCAUGAAGUGGAGACAGCCCAGGGGCAGCGCUUCCUGGUAAGCAUGCCCUCCAAAUACCGCAAGAACAUCUGGAUCAAGAGAGGGGACUUUCUCAUCGUUGACCCUAUUGAAGAGGGAGAAAAGGUGAAGGCUGAGAUCUCCUUCGUGCUCUGCAAAGACCAUGUGCGCUCUCUGCAGAAGGAUGGGCUCUGGCCUGAGGCCUUUGAGGUGGCUGAGAAACACAAUAACAACAGGAACAGACCAACUCAGCCAGAACUCCCAGCUGAGCCGCAGUCAUCGGGAGAAGAGUCCAGCUCCGAAGAUGAUUCUGACCUCUUUGUUAACACCAAUCGUAGACAGUAUCACGAGAGCGAGGAGGAGAGCGAGGAGGAGGAGACAGCCUGAGGCUGCAGGGCCCACUUUUCCUCCUCUGACCUUGGACACCUCCAGGGUGCUCUGAGAUCUUCCCCCCAAUGGGGACAAGGCAGGACUCCUCUCUGUACUGACCUUCUGACCCAGGAGAAUUAAACCCCUGGUGGGUGGUGACUUGUGCUAGUGUCCGAGUGGCUCUCUGGCGGGGGACGGGACCUGUGGUACAGUUAAAAACUGCUCCUUGGUAGGUCUCAUGGGCAGGAAAUAGGGAAUGGCUGGACAUUUUGAAUGAAUUUAAAUUGAGGGAGCUAAGGUUUCCUAGGCUCUCCCUCUCUCUCCUCUCUCCUCUCUCUCUCUCUCUCUCCGUCUCUCUCAUUGGGCACUUAGUCAGUGGCGGGCCCUGUGCUGUCCCUCCUUGCAUGUACUUGAUAAGUGGGAACAGUCCCACUUUAUUGCCUGCUCGCAGCCAAUCCUGAUUCAGGCUUUCAGGAUCACAGCCAUAGGACUAGUCCCCCGUUGCCUCUAAGAAACACUCAGGAUGAAUUUCAUAGUACCUCGUGAGCUGAUUUCCCUGCAUUUCUAGUCACCAUGCCUGCAGGAGUGCCCACCUCCAUGCUGCUGUGUACAUCCCCUGGUUGCCGGACCCUUGUGGCAACUUAGACCAUCACUCCUCAGCCUCUUGUAAAACGCCUCAUCCCACUUAUCUCUCUCUUUAACCUCUGGUUGUACAUUACUCCUCAUUGCCGGCGUUGACCUUGUCUCUCCUCAGACUAGAAGAGUUUAUCUCCUGGCUUAGAGUCUUACCUCUGCUUAGUCAUUUUCCACAUCCCAUGGAUGGGCCUGUUCAGCACUGUGGCUCUUUAGUUCCUUGAUAAUCCCCAUCACUAAUGCGGGUCUUCUAUUCCAGGCCUGCUGCCUACAUCUCUACUCCCUGGACCCCUGAUAUCAGUAGAAAUUGUAGUACCUUUAGAAGUCAAAUACCUGUACAAUCACCGCCUUCUGGCUUACUUAUUUACUUGCUCAACUACCCCUUCUGCAGAAAUUCUUUAUCCUCCAGCUCCACCACAUUCCCACCAUUCUAUCUUCGCUUUCCUCCUUCUGCAACUUGGAUUCCAUGGCCCACACCCUCCACUCCCUCGUCUUCCUUCAUUGUAUUCAGCUACUAAAACCUAACCCCAGCCAAUCCAAUCAUUCACCUCUGUGCCUGUAACUAUUAGAGAAAACCACCAACUGGGCUCACUUGUUUAACUUAAAUUUACAAUUGUAAACCUCAAACAAACCCUCAGCACUGCCUAGCAGAUCAACUCUGGGGUGCAUUUUGAAACUUCUUAUCUUGUCUACCUAUUCCCUCUUCCCCUGCUAGUUACCACAGCUGAUACUUCAUUAAGAAAUAGUAGGCCACCCUGACUGGUGUGGCUCAGGUGGUUGGUGUGCCAUCCCAUACACCAAAGGUGGUGGAUUGAAUUCUUGGUCAGGAUACAUACCCGUGGGGCAGGUUUGAUCCCCAGUUGGGGAUUGAGGGAGCUAAGGUUUCCUCCCUCAAUCCCAACUGAUCCAUGUUUCUCACAUGGAUGUUUCUCCCCUCUCUCUAAAAAUCAAUAAAACUAUAUGUAUCUAUACAUAUAAAAGGCUAAGCUACCAUUCAACCAGCCAGUAGAUAUGACAUGCACUGACCAUCAGGGGGCAGACGCUCAACAUAGGAACUGCCAGCUGUGGUGACUUGGCAGCAGCGGUUCUUGGGUGAAGUACCCGAGAAAUACAUUAAUAGCAAUAUUAACAUAUUUCUUCUAAUUAAUUUCCUUUCAAUGUGCACAAAUCUGUGCACCGGGCCACUAAUACACACACACACACACACACACACACAUUUAUUAUUUAUUUACUUUUUUAAAGAAAAUAAGAAAUAGUAGGCCCUUGGUGAGAAUUCACACCUCCCCUUUACCAACCCUACAAUGUCUUCAUGGAUCUUCCUGUCUUUUUUACUUUCCAUUGUAAUCCAAUGCGACUUCAACCUUUCCACAUGUAUCUGCUCCUCUCCUCACUUUCUAUUAUGUUGCUUAGUCUAGCUUUAAAUAUAUACACUUAUGUAUGUAUUUGUGUGUAUGUGUACAUACAGAUGUUUAAAAUAUUUAUAAAGAGAGAGCCCUAGAUGGUUUGGCUCAGUGGAUAGAGCAUCAGUCUGUAGGCUGAAGGGCCCAAGGUUCGAUUCAAGUCAAGGGCACAUGACUGAGUUGUGGGCUCGAUCCCCAGAGUGGGGCAUGCAGGAGGCAGCCAAUCAAUGAUUCUCAUCAUUGAUGUUUCUAUCUCUCCCUCUCCCUUCUCUGAAAUCAAUAAAAAUACGUUUUAAAAAAGAAUGAAAAAAUGUAUAUAUACACACAAAGAGUAAACAUCAGAUGAGGUAGAGACGUGUAUUAAUUCGUUUGAAGUUUAUUUUUUAUGGGAGAUAGCUAACUUUUUCCCCUAAAGUUGUGGCCACUUGUCCCUCUAUCAUUUAUUGAAUGGUUCAUUCUUUCCUCAUUGCUUUAGGAUACCUUUUAAAAUAAACUAUUCCUGCAUAUAUAUGGAUCUCCUUGGAAUUUCUAAUCUGCCAUGUUUAUCUGUACAGAACACAUUCUGUAGCGUGAUUGAUACAGCUCCCUCACCCCUGCCCCUGUUUCUGGAACAUUUCAUAGUUUCAUGUCUUUUCUGACAUAAGAACUUUAGAGUGGAUUGUCAGUUUUCAUUUCAAAGUCCUGUUGAGAUUUUCAUUGGCAUGAAUUUAAAUCUCAUAGUUUGAUUUGGAGGAAAGUACUAUCUUAAGACUUAUGAAUCUUCUUAUCCAAAAAUGAGGUUAUGUUUGUCCUUUUGUAAAGUGUUAUUUUCAUGUGGGUCUCUAAUGUUUCCGGUUCAGUUUAGUCUCAGGAAUCUGAGAGUUAUUUGUUGUUAUGAAUAGGUCUUUUAAAAUUACAUUUCUAACCGUCACUGGUGUGUAGGAAAGCUGCCCAUCUUUGUGGGCUCACCUAAUCUAAAUGAAUUCUGAUUCUCUUGCUGACAAAAGAGUAAAAAUCUGCUAGAGGUAGGUUUACCUGAUCCUUUAUGCUCAUUUCUGUUCUUGAAUUGUAGAGGCCAGGACCUCCAGUAUAAUGUUGAGUGGCACCCUUAUUUGUUUCUCUCUUAGCAGGAGUAGUUCUCGUGUUUUCUUGCUUUAGGUUUCUCACAGAUAACCUUCAUUAGGCUGAAGGUAUCUCCUUCCGUUCUAGCUUACUGAGGGGUUUUUCUUCACUCAACACAUCAUGAUGAAUUUCUACAUCUAUUGAGAUAAUCAAAAGAUUUUGUUUUAUUGUAUUGAUUUUCGUUAAUAGAUUCCCUAAUAUGGAACCAUUCUCACAUUCUGAUGUAAACCCUGCUUGAUUUUAUAAUAUUUAGUUAGGAUUUUUAUAUCUUUCAGGCAAAUUUCACUUUUUUUAAAUUUUAUUUUUAGAGACAGGAAGGGAGAGGGAGAGAGAACAUUGAUAUGAGAGGGAAACAGGGAAACAUCGAUCCACUGCCUCCUGCACGCCCCCUACUGGGGAUUGAGCCAACAGGCCGGGCUUGUGCCCUGACCUGGAAUAGAACCAGCGACAUUUCAGGGCACAGGAUGCCCAACGCACUGAGCGACACCAGCCAGGGCUCACCUUUUGUUUUAAUGAUCUGAGCUCCCUAUCCCAUUUGAUAACAGUUAUGCUAGCAUGUAGAACUGGUUUAGAAACAUUUAAUCUUUUUCUUCAGGUUUGAAUUUAUAGAAAAGGAAUUAUUUGUUUCUUCAAAAUUUGGUGAAAUUUAUUUAUAAAAACAUCUGCACUUAGGCAUUCUAUCCAAGUUUUCUAUCCUGGAGUCAAUUUUGAUAACUUUUUUUUUAAGAAUCAUUUUAUGUAUAGUUAAGGUUUUGGGAGGCACGAAAAUGGUUCCAUGUGCAGUAAUUGGCGUAAGUGACAAAAUCUCGCUCGAGUUAGAAUCAGACAAGCUCACUGGCCUGAGAUCUGAGAGCAGAGCUUUAGGCAGAGCUGACCCAGGGCCAGCGUGGUCCCUCGGGGCCAUUGUUUCUCGGGUUGACUCUGCUUCUCUGGCUGAUGGGUCCCUUACUCCCCACAGGAGGCUCCCUUUCCACUCAGUCCUUACAAAGAGUUCUUUCCCCAUGAUUCAUGUAUUUCCAGAAAGAACAGUUGUCUUGCUCAGUCACCUGCCCUCUCUUGGGCAAUCACUGUGGCCAGGGCUGAGGAGGGAGUUAGGGAGCUGAGGGGAGGCAAGAUGAGCCACCCCUGAUCCAUAUGACAUGUUUCCCAUGGAAUAGAGGUUAUCCCAGAAAAAGGGAAAGGGGUGAGAGCAAAUCAGACCAGCAGGUAUCCGUCCUGGUUUCUGUGUAUUUUCUUUCACUAGCUUUGCAAAUGCCUACUUUAUUGGCCUUUUCCUGUUUCUUUGGGUUUAUUUUCUGAUUUCUACCUUCUGAGUUGUAUGUUUUGCUAAUUUAAUUUUUUUCUUUUUUUAAAAAUCUAUUUAGAGCUAUAAGUUUUCCUGUGACUGUUGCCCACGGCGUGUGAUAUUUUUGGCAUUGUGUCUGUAAGCUUGGCCUUGCGUUUUCUCCAGUUCGCAAUGAUUCUGCAACUCACCUAAUAGACUCUUUUUUUCCUCUGAGACCUUUUCAUCUCUACUUCUCCACCUAUUAGCCAUUUAGCUCCUGGGGAUUGUAGCUCAGAAUCUUGAUGGAGGUAGAGUCCUUGUCUUCUGCAUGCUUCUCCCCUUUUCAUUCUCUGAAGCUGAAUUCUACCCCUGUUUCUCAACUCUGGUGGAAUCCGACUGUGUGAUAGAUCUUCCAGAAUGAGCUGAGUGUUGUAAGGGCCCCCUUUCCCUCCCCAGUGCCACGGACAAGCCUCCUGACUGGUCGCCUCACAGUAUUGACCCCUCCUGCAGUCGGGCUUGCGAUUUGUGGCCCUCAGGCUCUGUACCUCUGUCCCUUUCGGGCCAACCUUCUCAGCCAGGCUAUUUCCACUGGGGCUUCUCGCCCGGCUCCCUUUCUCCCCGGUCAUCCAGCCACCCAUAUACAAGGCGGGCAAAAGUAGAUUUACAGUUAUGAGUACACAGAAGUUUAUUCUUGUAUUAUUAUUUAUUAAUUGCAUUGUUUUCCAUACAAACAACUGUAAACUUACUUUUGCCCCAUCUUGUAUGUGUACCAAGGAGCACACUCGACAAUCCAAGUUAAGCACAUGGGUUUUCUCCUUUAAAUCUGAAAAUGUGGUGACAUCUCUGUGUGUGUGUGUGUGUGUGUGUGUUGAGAUACCUUGACACAGUUUCCCACAUUAAAACAUCCUUGCAUUCCUGGAAUAAGAAUCAUGACAUUUUUUCAGUAUGUUGCUGGAUUUGUUUUUCUGAUAUUUGGGACACUUUUGCACUCAGGUUCCUAAGUGAGAUGGCUUGAGCUUUUCCUUCCUGUGCUGCCCUUGUCUGGUUUUUAUAUUAAGGUUAUGCAAACCUCCUAAGAUAGACUGUUCUCUAUUAUUUAUUUUCAUUACAUGUGUUCAUGUUAAGAUUGGAAGUUUGCAUUUCUUAAAUUUUUGAUAAAACUUUAAAACCAAAGUGCCUGGUAUUUUGUGGAUGAUGGGUAGAUUUUUAACUCUAGGUUUUUAUUAAUAAUAGGUUGCUCUG